AUGGAGGUGGGAAAUUACUCUGCUGUGACUGAAUUCUUUCUGAUAGGGCUUUCCCAACACCCAGCCCAGUUUUUCAUAUUUGUGCUCUGCCUCUUCUUGUUGUACCUAAUAACCCUCCCGGGGAAGAACCUCUUCCUCAUUAUCAUCAUGCUGGUUUCUCAUCUCCAUUCACCCAUGUACUUCUUCCUUGGAAAUCUCAAAUUCUUGGACAUCUGUUACGCAUCAUAAUCUAUUCCUCAGAUGUUCAUCAUAUUUAUGUCUGAGAAAAAAAAUAUUUUUUUCAUUGGCUGUGCUCUGCAGAUGAUUAUCUCUCUUGGCUUGGACUCCACUGAACGUGCCCUCCUGGUUGUAAUGGCUUACGAUUGCUAUGUGGCCAUCUGCAACCUACUGAGAUUCCCCAUCACUAUGAAAAGGGUGCUAUGCGUUCACGUGGCGAUCAUAGGCUGUUUGAACUCCUUAGUGCAAAUAGUAUUGACAAUGGUUCUUCCUGUCUGAGGUAAUAACAUCAUUGAUCAUUUUCCUUGUGAGACCCUGGCUGUCCUUAAACUCAUUUGCUUAGAUAUCUCCAUGAAUGUGCUUACCAUGACAAUGGCAAGUCUUAUUUUAUUGGUGACUCCUCUGCUGUUAAUUUGCAUCUCUUAUGUGUUCAUCCUCUCGCCCAUUCUAAAAAUUAAUUUUUCUGAAGGGAGAAAGAAGGCUUUUUCUACCUGUUUGGCUCAUCUGCCUGUGGCCAUCUUAUUCUAAGGUUCAGCACUUUUUAUGUACAUGAAGCCCAAGACGAAAUACACAAACGCAUCUGAAGAAAUAAUUGCACUGUCUUACAGAAUGGUAAGCCCAAAGUUAAAUCCCAUCAUCUCCAGCCUGAGGGAUAAAGAUGUAAAGGAAGCUGUGAAUAAAGUCCUGGGCAGGCACUUUCAUUUUGGAAAACAUGAAAGGCCCUGA